AUGAGAGUUGAAAGCAUAAACUAAAAUGAUAUAAAUCCUCAAUAAUCAAGCUCCUACUAGUUAGGAUAGGAUAAUAAUACCUACUCAUUUUAUUAGUUUAAAAUUAGUAAGUUAUAAUAGUAGAACUAAAGUUUAGGAGACCAAUCUAAUUCAUAAUAAUUUUUACCUUCUUAAAAAUUUCUCAACUAAACACGAAAUGAGCAAGAUUUAAUUACUGAGGAGGAUAAAAGGGAAAAUUGUAUUUCAUAAAAAGACAAUCAGACAGACAAUAGCUUUGUAGCUGUUAACUUAGAAGAAACUCUUUAUAGAUUUUCAGAUUAAUGUCCAAAGAAUAUAAGUGAAAAUAACACUAUUUUUCAAGAAAUUCCAAAAGUUGAUGCUGAAUCAUAAAAAAUGACUUCAAGAAAGAGAAAUGGAAAUUAAUUGUUAAAUUAAGAUAAGUAGAAAGCUCGCUCUUAAUCGGUCUCCACUCAAUUUAGGAAAAAAAAUAAUUAGAUCCUAGGGAAUGAUUGCCAAAGUAUAAUAGAGAAGAAGGAUCCAAACAAGAUUGGGUAUUAUUAAAGGGGAUAUAAAAAAAGAAAUAAUUUGCUGAUUCUAGAUCUUUAUGCAUAGAAAGAUAUAUGGAAAAGAAAAUGGAUUCAAAUUUUAGCUUUAGUCUCAAAGGUGAAGUAUAUCGCUUAGUAGAGUUCUUUAUUUUUUAGACCAAGUUAGCUAAGAGAGAUUCAAUAUCUUCCUCUUUUUCAUAACUUAUCAUCUCUUUACAUACUUUGGGAAGUCAUCAUUUUUAUUAAUUCUUCAAUACUCUUUGUAUAUCUCCCUUUAGAGUAUUGUUUCAAUUUAUAGAGAGAAGCUAUCUUUAGCUAUUAUAUUUAAUAUAUUUGCUCUAUAAUUUUCAGUAUUGAUAUUUUUAUCAAGUUUAAUACUCUUUCAACUUAGUAAGGCACAUUUAUAGAAUAGCAUAUCUAAAUUUUCUCAAGCUAUGUUAGCUCAUCUUUCUUAAUUGACCUUAUUGCUAUUCUGAGUCUGUGUUGCUUUUCUUUUAGUUUUAAUGGGAUAUAAUUCUUGUUCUUUUUAAAGAUUUUUUAAGCAUUUAGAAUCUUAGAAACAAUAAGAGAGCAAUUUCUACUAAAAACAAAAAUCUUUGGUAUAAUAUCUUUGAUUUAUUUAUUAGGCUCAGUGAUAUAUUUUGCUCAUUUAUUUACUUGCCUUUGGAAUUAUGUGGGUAUUAAAGAACUAGACUAAAAUGAAGGCUGGAUGGUUACAUAUAGCUAUUAAAAUGAAACAGUUGGAAGUAGAUAUAUUUAAAUUUUCUAUUAUGCAAUAGUAACAAUGACAACGAUAGGAUAUGGUGAUUUUACAGCAUAAACUAAAUUAGAAAAAUUUUUAAUGAUAUUUAUUGCUUUCUUUUCAUGUGGUAUAUUUGGUUAUACAAUUAAUUCUAUAGGUAAUAUUUUAUAGGAUUUCAAGUAAAGAAAAGAUCUUUAUCUUUAAGAAUUAGCGAAAAUUAACAAAUACUUUAAGUAGAAUAAUGUAGAGCUUGGUUUAUAGUGUAGGGCAAAAAAGUAUGUUUAAUACUUGUAUAGCGAUCAAAAUAGUGAUAACUUGUGUUCUAUUAAAUCUCUUUCAGCACUUUCAGAAUACUUGUAGAAAGAAAUAUAAACAGAUGUAUAUAUAAAAAUAUUAAAAAAAGUUCCUCUAUUCAAGGAUAUUUUAACAGAAGAGAUAUUUAUUGAUUUAGCUAUGUAAAUGAAAGAAAAAAUAUAUUGUCAUGAUUAAUAGAUAAUUUUAUUAGAGGAAGAUGUUGAAGACUGUAUUUACUUUGUUAAUAAUGGGAUUGUAUUAGAAUACUUUUAAUAUGAUUAAACUACUGAAGUAAAAGAAGUUUAGUAAUUUAAGUACGGUUAAUACUUUGGUUUGCUAAGAUUUUUAUAAGGGGAUAACAAUUGCAAUGUAAAGUAUAAAAGUGUUGGAGUUUCUUCAAUUUUACAGCUUAACUUUACUGAUUUUGCAAAUAUCUUAAGAAAAUAUGAUUUACAAUAUGAGAAAUUUUGCUAUAUUAAAGAUGAAGUUAAAUAUCAAAAUAAAUUACAAAAAGUUAGUUCUUGUUGCUAUUCUUGUAAGUAAAAAAAUCAUAAGAUCGAAGAAUGCCCUUACUUGUUUUAUGAAGGUAAAAAAAACUUGAUUCUGAGAAAAUAUUUGAAGGAAAUUGAAUUUAAACUCAAAAAUUUUAAAAGAAAUUAAACAGAAAAAAGUAUGAAUGCUAUUUUAAACUAAAACAUAAUUUCUCAUCAAGCUGACUAAUACUAUAUUUAAAAUAUUGAAUAUUUCUCACUUUGGGAUUUGAGUCAAGAAUCUGAUUAUGAGGAGGAGGAAGAUGAAGAGGAAGAUUUCUUAGUAAAAUAAACUGCAUAAUAAGAUAGGGAUUUCAAUGGAAUUAAUGUUUAAAAUAGUGAAAGUAUCUAUAAAGAUUAAUCUCCUGACGAUCAAUAAAAUUAAAGUUUAAAAGAUUCAUAAAGCUUACAAGAUUAGUAUGAAAAUAAUUUAAGUGCAUAAAAAGUUUUUUUGAUGAGCAACCUACUAAGUCGGUAGACUUAAGAUGAUGAUAGUAUCACGAUUGAAGAUAGUUAAUAUAAUCCUGCAAAUUUAAAAAAAAAGAAUUAUAGCUCUAAAAAAAUUAAAACUUUCGACUCUAAUAUUAAUUUUUCUAUAAAUUUAGAUUAAGAAAUGAUUUAUAAUUAAUAAAGUUUAACAAAAAUGCAUACUUAUGGUAAAUAAGAUCGCUAAAUGGAAGUCUCUUAAAUAUCAAGCAAUAAUAAGCUUUAAAGCCUCUAGGUUAUUAGAAACAUAGAAUAAAUCAUCUAGCAGUCAAAUCAUACAGUUUCAAACUGUCAAAUUCCAAACUGCUAGACUUGUACUAAAUUAAAAUUUAUGAUAAUCAGUGCUUUAAAAAAAAUUGCUAACACUGAAAAUUAAAAAUUAUAUCCCAGUAUUAGAGCUUCAAGUUUUUUAGAACCUAAAAAGAAGAGUUCUUUGUUUUGCAUUAGAGAAAAAACAGGAUCUAAUAUAUAGUUACAGUAAAACAAUAGUCUAAACCCAAAUCUAAAUAGAAGACAAUGCUCUUCUUUUAAUAGAAACCUUACAAACAAUUAAAGCAAAAUUUUUUCUAGACAAAUAAUUAAUUUCUCAGAUUAAUUGUUUUAUUACGAUUUUGAUAAAUUAAAAACUUUUGAAUACUAUUUUCCUGAAGGAAAUGCCUAAAGUAUAAUUGAGUAGUAUUCCAACAUUUAUCAGAAUAAGAACAUUUUAUGGAUGAUGUGA